CUUGAAAAUCUAGUGUCUUACAGACGCUAAGCUUGGUCAGCUUUGGGUUUUUCACGGCCUCUGCUCGAGAUACUGCAGCAAGCAGCAUCGUGCGAUAUCUUCCGUCGCCAGCCGACCCGCAGCCGCAGCGCCGCCGCCGCGGCGAGCCGUGCAGACCGCGUAGCACCCUCGUAAUUACAAAUCCUCCUGGCUGGAAAGCCGGCGCCGGCGUCCUUGCAAGCGUCGAAACCGGUGCCCACGAAUCAUGGGCGCGCUCUUCUCCCUCAUGGGGCUCGACGGCUGGACGAAGCUCGAUGCCAGACUGUGCAUGGUCGGCCUCGACGCCGCGGGCAAGACGACCAUCCUCUACAAGCUCAAACUGGGCGAGGUCGUGACGACGAUCCCGACCAUCGGGUUUAACGUCGAGGCCAUCGAGUACGGCAAUCUGACGCUGACGGUGUGGGACAUUGGCGGGCAAGAUAAAAUAAGGCCGCUCUGGCGCCACUACUACUCGGACACGCAGGGCGUGAUCUUUGUUGUUGAUAGCAAUGAUCGGGAUCGACUCUCACAAGCGAAGGACGAAUUACAUGGGUUGCUCGACCAGUUCGAGCUGCGGGACGCUGUGGUACUAGUGUACGCGAACAAGCAGGACCUGCCGAACGCGGCGCCCGCGGCGCAACUCGCCGAGGCGCUCCAGCUGUCUUCCUUGAGAGGGCGGAAGUGGUACAUCCAGGCCUGCUGCGCGACGACGGGCGACGGGUUGUACGAGGGUCUCGACUGGCUCAAGGAGAACUGUCCUUCGAAACCCGCGUCGUGAGGGCCUAAGGCGCGUGUUUUAACUCCAGCCCGUGGGGGGCGUCAACCAAGGGCCGCGCCGA